AUCACAGUUUAAAAUUUUGAAUUUUUAACUGUUGUGUGUUGGUGGCUAAUUUAAAAUAUUUAUGAAAUAAAUGCUGUUUUCUUACGUUUAAACAUGUCGAGCAGAAUCGUUAACAAAAAGCAAAAGCUACUCUCGCGUAAAGAGGAAUUGCUAAAGGAACUGAACUACUACGAAAGGAGAAUUGAAGAUGCUCGCGCUGACGACAAGAUGCCUAGUUCCUAUGAAGACGAUAGUUCAGACUCUGAAAUAGAGUUCACCAUCAACAGCGGCACGUCAGUAACGGAGCUGAAGCUGCAGAGGUCUCAGCUGCUGACAUGUCUGCACGCCACGGAGGAGCUCACCGGCGUCACCGUCUUGCAGUCUGAGGUCAACAUUGUCCUCGAUGUGCCUGUUUUUGAAGGGGAGGCACCAAUCACUGAGGAUGGUCUGUGGCGCGAAGUGAUGGCAGAGUGCCGGAUUGACUUGGUCACUUUCUCCAUCAGCUUCUACACCCAUCAGCCCAGUGGGCAGUUCGCGCCGGUGUCGUACCGCGGUCUACGCGUGACGCCCACCAAGAUGGUGCACGAGAGAGAGCUGGCUCUCUCCGUCCUGCCCACACUCACCACUCCUAGUGAUGCUGUAGAAGUAUUGCGUAGCUACGCGCACGCGCAUCGCUCGCGGCGCUCGUCCCUGGCUCGUCUCGCGGAGAAGUACGCCGACUCGCUGUUCAUGGAGGCGUUGCCGGAAGGAUACGGCUACGUGCUGAAGUGCGCGAGCCUGCUGCGAGCGACGUGGACGCUGCAGAACAAGGGCUCACAGGUGGCACCUUUCUACCACAAGCUGACCUUCGACCUCGAAUAUAUGGACGAAGUCUACAUAAAAACAAUCAUGCAAGCCCACAAACAACUCUGCGACCCAGCGCUUGACACGGACGACAGAACAUUACUUCUUGCUGAAAUUAUUGACACCUGCCUUGAAGUGCGCAGGCAAAUGAGCCCGGACUCCGAUGCUGACAGCCAAAACUCCAAAACCAAUCAACAGCCUGAUGUAGAGAUUCAACAUUCAAAAAAAUCUUCCAACCAUGAAAUGGAUGCCCCAAUAAAGUCGUCAGAGAUAAUGGGCCCGCCUAAAUCUUUGCCAAAGAAGAAUAAAGCUAAGGGAAAAGAGAAUAUGGUAGCUAACGAGAGAAAGAGGGGAAGUGAUAUGGAUGGUGGAAACGAAGGAACAGUGAAAAAAGCUAAAACCGAUGCUAAAAAUACUAAUGUUAAUAAUAAAAUUGAUAAAAACAGUGCUAAUUCUAAAAAUAGUAACAAAAAAUCCAGUGUUAGUGAAAAUGUUAAUUCAAAAACCAGUUAUAGUGAAGAAGUUGCAGAAAAUGCAUAUUUCUCGAAAAGCGAACCCGAAAAAGUUGAUAAAGGUAAUAAAAAAAAUAAAAACUUGCCAAAAGUUGACAAUAAAUAUGAAAAUACUGAAGUUUUAAUAAAUACAGACGUGGAUAAAACUAAAGAUAAUGUACAAAGUAAAAGUAAGUCUUCUAGUACUAAAUCAUCCGAAAAUAAAGUAACUAGUACUAGAAACGAUAAAUAUAAUAAAGUUGUUGAAAAAGAAUUAAAAACAAAAGACAAACCAAAAAAAGCAAAUGCUAAAACAGAUGCAAAAUCAUCUGAAAAUAAAAUUCUCAGUGUGAAAAACGACAAAAAUAAUGAUAAUUUAAAAACCACUGAUAUAAAACAAGUUACCGAAAAAGAAUUAAAGACAAAAGGUGGUAAUUCAAAAACUGUUUCAUCCAAAAUGAUAUCUGUUGAAAAACAACUUACCAAUCCAAAAGAUAAAAAUAUUGACGAAGAAAAUGUUGAAAAAAUACUUUUGACUCAAAGUGUAAAUCCAAAUUUUAAAGCUGCUGUUACAAAAAACCUUAAAACUAAAGCUAUUGUACAUAAUACUGAACCCAAAACAAAAAAAUCCAAAAUGUCAGCAGUUGAAACAAAUAAAAAGGGGUAUACGAAUUCAGAAACUACUGUCACACAACCGAAACAUAACAGUGCGAUGGCUGAAUCGAAAAGUAAAGAAAAAAUGGUAACUAAAGGAGUGGUAGAAAGAAAUACCCAAAAAUCUGACAAACAAAAUCAAAAUAACGUUCAAAACCAAGUAGUAAAGACUAAUAAAGAGAAAAGUCAAAAUGGAAAUUUGGUAUCAACAAAAAAACAGCAAAAUAUUGAUAAUCAUGCUAAACAUAAUGAAAAAUCGGAACCUGUACAAGAUUUAGAAGCUAACACAAUUAAUAAGAAAAUUCAAAGCAAAGCAAGUUCAACUCAGUCUAAAAGUAGUAACACUAAAAAUGAUCCAGUUCAAAAAACAAGUAAUACUCAAACAUUAUCUGAGCGUUUUUCUUCUAAAAAUACAAUCGAAACACGUGAUAUUGAAGAAAAGUCUAAAAAAGCAAAUCUUUUAAAAGAUAACAAUAAAGUUGAUCCAAAAUUACAACAAAUCAACCAAAAAUUUAAUAAAAAUGACUUAAAAACCAAAUUAAAUGAUAAAGGUAAAGAAUUACGUAAAAACGAAAAUAGAGACCAAAUCGUACCCAAAAAUACUGGAAUAAAUAAAAUUGUUGAAAAGCAAACCAACACAAAAAUUGAUAAAAAUGUUCCGAAAACUAUUUUAAAUAAUAAACUUACACAAAUCAAUCAGAAACUGAGGAAAUCACUUGGACUAAAGAAAGUUGCCACUAAAAAUAACACAAAAGCUGAAGCUAUGGAAAAUAAGCUAAAAUCCAAAAUACCACAGACAAGGUUACCCAUUGCCAAAACCAUAAUGAGGAACCCCUUGAGGAUAAGUCCGAGAAAACGUCUGUUCAAAUUAUCUUCAACUCAAGAUAGCUCCAAGAGUUCUACCAAGAGUAAUAUACCGAGAUUACUCCAAAAACCAACAGCGAAACCGAAAUGAAUCUACAGCCUUUCCAACAUUAAGAUAUCAAAAAUUUAAUGUUGUAUGUUUUAACUUUUGUGGGUAGAUCCUAUGUCAAAUGUGUUUUUUAUUUUACUAUAGUUUUUUGUUGUGUUAAGAGUUAAGUUAUAAAUGUUAUGUGCUCUAUAGAGGAUGCCCGCGGAUUCGCCCGCGUGGAUUUCGGCUCUUUUAAAUCCUGUAAGAUCUCUUUGAUUUUCCGGGAUCUAAAGUAGCCUAUGUCCUUCCCCGGGAUGUAUUCCAAGUCGUACCAAAUUUCAUUCAAAUCUGUUUAGGGGUUGGGCCGUGAAAACGUAGCAGACAGACAAACAGACACACUUUCGCAUUUAUAAUAUUAGUAUGGAUUACGGUCUGCGCAGACGACGAACUUUUGUCCGUGAAGGACAAAGAUGGAUCACUAAAGAAACAAAUUAUCGGACGUGGCUAACGGACGCGACUGAUCAUUUUACAAAUAAAACAAUUUCUGACCAUCAAAAGGUGCACAAUAGUACCUGUUUUGAAUAAAUGAUUUUGAGUUUUUUUUUGAGUUUCAUCUCAUAGUUGGGUGUUUGUGCACCCAUUCGUAAUCGUUUUCAUAUUGUCAUAGGCACGUACGCUUGUGCACAAAUUUGGUUCGUAUAUAAUAUACGGAUCCAUCAAAAUACGAAUCAAAUGAGUGCACAAGUAUGUACGUUUUGUAUGACGGCCACUUCCAAUCGUAUUUUUAAGAAAACGAAUACGAAUGAGUGCACAAACGCCCUUCAAAAAUAUAGUAGAAGAAGACUAAGGGUUUUUAUCCUCUGCGGACAAUAGUCCCUCUAGGCCCUAGGCCCUUAGUUUUAAGUUUUUUUUAAAUUCUUGACAAUAAUUGAUGAAAUAAAUAAA